GGCUGCGUCCCCGGGGCGCGCGCAGGGUGGCGGUGCGCGCGGAGGGUGGGGUGUGACUGCGAGCCCCGCGCACGCCCACGCAGCGUGACCGGCCGCCGCCGCUGCAGCCCGACUUCGGGAGGUGCGGAGCAGAGCAGGAGGCGGGCGGCUGCUGCCCGGCGUCGUCUCGCCGUCCUCCCUCCUCCGCUCCCUCCGUCCCUUGCCGGGAGCCCGAGAACCGCGGCACCGCUGCUCAGAGCCGGCAGCUCGGCCGCGGGACCAGCAACCGGAGCGGGGGCGACGACAGCGCUGAGAUCACAGCCUGCUCGCGCCGGCUCGGGAGCCGGGUUGCACCGUGGACCCCGCCAGCCCCAGCCCAGCCCAGCCCGGGUCGCCGCAGCCCGGAGCCUCCCCGCCGCCGCCCCGAGGCACGCGCGGCGCAGACAUGAACACCAGCGAAGCCAAGGAAUAUCUGGCCCGCAGGGAAAUCCCUCAGCUCUUCGAGAGCCUUUUGAAUGGACUGAUGUGCUCUAAGCCAGAAGAUCCAGUAGAGUACUUGGAAAGUUGCUUACAGAAAGUAAAGGAACUAGGUGGCUGUGACAAGGUGAAGUGGGACACAUUUGUCAGCCAGGAAAAGAAGACCUUACCUCCACUAAACGGGGGACAGUCACGGAGAUCCUUUCUAAGAAAUGAGUUAUCUUACUUUUUUGCAGUAAUGCCUGAAAAUUCAAAUUUUCCAUAUCGGCGGUAUGAUCGGCUCCCUCCAAUCCACCAAUUUUCCAUAGAAAGUGACACAGAUCUCUCAGAGACUGCAGAGUUAAUCGAAGAGUAUGAGGUUUUUGAUCCUGCUAGACCUCGACCAAAAAUCAUUCUUGUCAUAGGAGGUCCUGGAAGUGGAAAAGGUACUCAGAGUUUGAAAAUCGCAGAACGCUAUGGAUUCCAGUACAUUUCAGUUGGAGAAUUAUUGAGAAAGAAAAUCCACAGCGCCAGCAGCAACCGCAAGUGGAGCCUCAUUGCCAAGAUCAUUACCAACGGUGAACUGGCCCCACAGGAAACAACGAUUACAGAAAUAAAACAAAAAUUGAUGCAGAUACCCGACGAGGAGGGAAUCGUUAUUGAUGGGUUUCCACGGGAUGUUGCCCAGGCUCUGUCUUUUGAGGACCAAAUCUGUACUCCUGACUUGGUGGUCUUCCUGACCUGUGCCAACCAGCGGCUCAAAGAAAGGUUGCUGAAGAGGGCCGAACAGCAGGGGCGGCCCGAUGACAACCUGAAGGCUACGCAAAGGAGACUCGUGAACUUCAAGCAGAAUGCCGCGCCCUUGGUUAAAUACUUCCAUGAAAAGGGGCUCAUCGUGACUUUUGACGCUGACCGAAAUGAGGAUGAGGUGUUCUAUGACAUCAGCUUGGCCGUUGACAACAAGUUAUUUCCAAACAAAGAGGCUGCAGCAGGUCCAGGGGACCUUGACCCUUCCAUGGUGUUGGACCCUGGAGACAUCACUGAUCCAGGAUCUGAUUAUGAAGACCAGGGUGAUGACCAGCUAGACGUCUUUGGAGAGGACCCUGUGGGAGGUCUCGUGGAAGAUUUGAGGAAAUGUAAAAUUAUUUUCAUUAUGGGCGGCCCGGGCUCCGGCAAAGGCGCACAGUGCGAGAAGCUGGCGGCCAAGUAUGGCCUGGCGCACCUGUCGCCCGGGCGACUGCUGCGGGCGGAGCUGGCGGUGAACUCAGAGCGAAGCCAGUUGAUCCGAGCCAGUGCGGAGGUCGGGGAGCAGACGCCCUCGGCCGUCGUCCUGGAGCUGCUGCAGGAGGCCAUGACUGCCAGGCUGGGCGACGCUCGGGGUUUCCUGAUCUCCGGCUUCCCCCGGGGGCUGAAGCAAGGGGAGGAGUUCGCACUCCGGGUCGGGGACCCGCACUUGGUCAUCUGCAUGGACUGCUCCGCCGACACCAUGACCAGCCGCCUUCUCCAGAGGAGCCUGGGCGGGUCGGCCUCAGAUGACGCAGCCAAGACAGUCGCCAAGCGUCUGGAGACCUACUACAGGGCCUGCCUCCCGGUGCUCGGCCACUACGAGGGCAGGACGCGGCUGUGGAAGAAACACCAAAUUCUUAAUUUCUGUACCAGCGCACUACAGCAGAAAUAUAAUGUGAGCCACAAGAGUACAGUACUUUGAAAUGUUCUACUGGCCACAGUGAAAACAAACACAAAGCGCAAAAGCCCAGCAGCUGAUGGUGGUUUCGCGCCGCGCCUCUCCAUCGGUGUAUAUCAUUUUCGUCGUACUUCUGCCUUUAUUCCCUGGAUUUACCAACAGAAAGGAAAGUCUGCUGCAAGACUUGUGUCUCCUUCACCACCAGCAGAUACGGUGGCGCACCCCGGGAGGCUGAGGCGGGAGGAUCAGGAGUUUGAGCCCAGCCUGGGCAAUUUAGUGACUUUGUAAGACCCGACCCUGACUCCAAAUUUUAAAAAUAAAAUAAAAAGGGCUGGAGAUGUAGCUCAAUGUGAAGCCCCUGGGUUCGAGCCCCAGCUCUGCAAAUAAAUAAUAAACCAACUGCUGUCAGCUGCUACCCGUGCUUUCUGUGCCCAGCGCUCCGCAGUAGCUUCAGUGGCCGAGGGUGACUCGGGAGCCCUGGAGCCGCCAGGGCUGGGCGGGGUGGUGUCCCCUACACAGAGGUCCUCGUGCCUGGGCCCUGGCUGGGGGCUGAGCAGGAACGGGGGGGCGGAGACUCUGGUCUGGCCCUGCUCGCGGGAGUCUCUUCCGCCCCAGGGAACUCCACGGCACGCAGCACGCACGCACGUACGCAUACACGCGCACGCGCCCUUCUGGAAAAGCGAGGGGGCUGCUGUCUCCUUCCGGAAUCUUCUCAGAACUGGGGCGGUGCCACAGCUAAAUGUCCGGUCUGAGCUCACAGUUCUUGCUGAGGACCGGCAGGGCGCUGGGGAGGUGAAGAACCCGUUACACUGGCUUAGCAGCGUUCUUUGCUAACCCCAGUUUACCAAGAACUUGCAUUACCCCCAGAAGGGCUGUCGGAGUCUUCGUGCUCCGACUUGUUGGGAACCAGAAACUUGACGUGGUCCACUGCAUGGUGGGGGACGGUCAAGUCCCGAGUGCUUUCAGGACUGAAAUUAGAUCACACACAAAAGAUGUAGCUAGAUAACAAGAGGAAAACAUCAUCAAGUGUUUCUCAGUGUUGACCGGAAUGGCCCUCACGCAAGUCGUCAGAACAGUGUCAGAUACCCGGACUCGAGUCCCUUGCCGCCCACUCAGGAUGACCCUGUGGAGAUAAAUGCAGAGGGAACGCCUGAAGAAGUUUUUCUUCAACUCUGCAUGGCCAUUGACUCUAUUUUCUGAAGACAAGAGAGCUUGGAGGUAGAGGAGAGUGGAGACAGGAACGUAUUACUGGGUCCACCCUUUACUAACGUCUCAGUAUCUUGUGUCCCCGCCCCGCCGGCGCUGUCUGCUUCCCAUUGGGCUCGGGUGGGGGGCGGCGGGGCCUUCGGGCUGCAACGGGAUCGGGAUCGGGACCAGGACCGUAGCCCCCUCUCGCCUGUGCUGCGCCGGGUUCUCGCCGCGGUCUGGUCAUAGGUUCCGUCUCAUGGGAGGGGCCCAGCAGCACCACCACCCCACCCCACAGCCGCCCUCCGCCCUGCGGCGGGCGUGGCCUGGUCCUGGGCGGUGGGUCUGCCUCGGCCCCCACCGCGCCCGGAGCCUUGGGUCCCCCAGAGCCUUCGAGCAGUGCCCCAUCGGAAAGAAACUCACAGUGGGAAACUGCGCGGCUUCUCCAAGAUGGCAAAACAUAGGCUGCUGGGCAGGCAACACUCGCUGUCUGUUUUCAGGAAGGGCUACUGGGAAUACUGACUUGGACAUGGCUGGAAGAGUUGGAGCGAUUGUGUGACUCACUCUCUACCCGGGGGUGCGUUUCAACGAUUAUAAAUGAACAUCAGUGACCACAAGUAAUUCAAAGCAUAAGAUUUAUUUCGUUCACUGGACAAAUGCCAUCCUAUCAUUUUAAAAUGACCACCCAUUCACUCGUUGCCAAGCAGGUAAACAGAGGCACGGUAACACGCAGGUGAGGGUGGGAGGGGCGUACUAGCACACAGGUGGUUGCAGAUGCCAGUGUUGUAUUUGUCUCAGCCUGCCCUUUCCCAGGGUCGCAAGCCUUGCAGCAACCGGUGCAGUCUGGUUCUCUUUUGUGCUAGCAGUUGUGAAAUCAGAGCUUCUGUGUCCUACUGAAACAGCCGCAUCUUCCACUUAGCCACUACAGAAGACCAUGGUUUCAGUUUGCAUGAUUUUUUCCCCCCUCCAAUCAGUGUGCAAAUAAGGACCCAUUUCCAGGACAGAAUUGUAUUUUUAAAGUCUUUUUUUCUCUCGAAAUGGAUAUGUACAAAUAAAAUAAAUGGAAGACAG